GCCGGAGCGCGGUGAGCGGGGCCGGGCGCGGGAUGCGAGGAGGCGCCGCCGCCGCCCUGCCCCCUGCCCGCUCGCAGCCAGCGCCCCAGGAGGAGGAGCAGCGAGAGGAGCGGCAGCAGCAGUAGGAGCCGCCGCUGCGGUAGCAUGAGCGGGGCAGCCGCCAAGCAGCCCCCUGGCGCGGGGUCCGCCGCGGAUCCCGCCGCGGAGAACGCGGCGGCUGCGGACCCUGUGCCGGAGUCGCCUCCACCGCUGCUGAGCGUGGACGUGACGGGAUUGGUGUCGCAGUUUGCGAGGAGCUUCGUGCUGAUCUUCCCCGUGUAUGUGCUGGGCUACCUGGGGCUGAGCUUCAGCUGGGUGCUCAUCGCCCUGUGCGGGCUCUUCUGGAUCCGCAGGCACCGCGGCGGCAAGAGCUCCCGCCUGGGCCGGGCGCUCGCCUUCCUGGAGGACGAGGAGGAGGCGGUGCGGCUCAGCGUCUCCUCCGCGGAUCUGCCUGCGUGGGUGCAUUUUCCAGAUACAGAGAGAGCAGAAUGGCUCAACAAGACUGUAAAACAGAUGUGGCCUUUUAUUUGUCAAUUCAUUGAGAAACUCUUCCGAGAAACCAUAGAACCAGCAGUAAGAGGCGCAAACAACCACCUCAGCACCUUCAGUUUUACAAAGAUUGAUAUUGGUCAUCAGCCUCUGAGGAUAAAUGGUGUAAAAGUGUACACUGAGAAUGUGGACAAAAGGCAGAUCAUUUUAGAUCUUCAGAUCAGUUUUGUUGGAAACUGUGAAAUUGAUUUGGAGAUCAAGAGAUACUUCUGCAGAGCUGGUGUGAAAAGUAUACAGAUCCAUGGCACUAUGAGGGUUAUCCUGGAACCACUAAUAGGAGACAUGCCCCUAAUUGGAGCACUAUCCCUUUUUUUCCUUAGGAAACCUCUUUUGGAAAUUAACUGGACUGGACUGACCAAUCUUCUGGAUGUUCCAGGACUGAAUGGCUUAUCAGAUACAAUAAUACUGGAUAUAAUAUCCAAUUACUUGGUCCUUCCAAAUAGAAUUACAGUCCCCCUUGUCAGUGAAGUGCAGAUCGCUCAGUUGCGGUUUCCUAUACCAAAGGGUGUUCUAAGGAUACAUUUUAUUGAAGCUCAGGACCUGGAGGGGAAGGAUACUUACCUAAAAGGGAUUGUCAAAGGAAAGUCAGAUCCUUAUGGAAUCAUCCGUGUGGGCAACCAAAUUUUCCAAAGCAAGGUCAUCAAAGAAAAUCUCAAUCCAAAAUGGAAUGAAGUUUAUGAGGCCUUAGUGUAUGAACAUCCAGGACAGGAGCUAGAGAUUGAGCUCUUUGAUGAAGAUCCAGAUAAAGAUGACUUCCUGGGAAGUUUGAUGAUUGAUUUAAUUGAAGUUGAAAAGGAGCGUCUUCUAGAUGAGUGGUUUACUUUGGAUGAAGUUUCCAAAGGAAAGUUGCAUUUAAAACUGGAGUGGCUCACAUUGAUGCCAACUGCUGACAAUCUAGACAAGGUUUUAACAAGCAUUAGAGCUGAUAAAGACCAAGCUAACGAUGGGCUUUCAUCUGCAUUGCUUAUAUUGUAUUUGGACUCAGCAAGAAAUCUGCCUAGUAUCUACGAGGGAAACUUUGGGUGUGGAUACUUAAAAGAGAGGAGAGCAUCGGGACUAGUCUUUUGUGAAAACACUACCUCACUCUAUAGAGCACUAUUUUCAGGAAAGAAAAUAAACAGCAAUCCCAACCCACUUGUUUUGCUGUCAGUUGGACACAAGGCGCAAGAAAGUAAGAUUAGAUACAAGACCAAUGAACCAGUAUGGGAGGAAAACUUUACCUUCUUUGUACACAAUCCCAAAAGACAAGAUCUUGAAGUUGAGGUGAGGGAUGAACAGCACCAGUGUUCCUUGGGAAACCUCAAGCUGCCUCUAAGCCAGUUGCUAGAGAGUGAAGAUUUAACUAUGCAUCAGCGGUUCCAGCUGAGCAACUCUGGUCCCAACAGCACUAUAAACAUGAAGAUUGCACUCAGGGUCCUUUCCCUUGAAAAGCAGGCAAGAUCUCCAGAUCAUCAACACUCAGCCCAAGUAAAAAGGCCGUCAUUUUCCAAAGAUGCAAGAAAAUCAUCUUUUAAGCCUCAGGUUCCUGUCUCGCCAACAUCUGAUCCAAACAAGCCUGUUCCAGCAUCCCCAGUGACUGACAGUGAUAAAAAGACUGAUACAUCUGAUAAAAGUCAGCCUCCCAAUGCCAGCCCGCAGUGGCCAACAGAUCUCAGCCGCAGCUCCUCCAGUCUUCACGCCUCCAACUUCUCCUACUCCCCCAGCCACCUCUCGGUGAAGGAGCCCACGCCCAGCAUCGCCUCGGACAUCUCCCUGCCCAUUGCCACGCAGGAGCUGCGCCAGAGGCUCCGGCAGCUUGAGAAUGGAACAACUCUGGGGCAGUCUCCAUUAGGACAGAUUCAGCUAACAAUUCGUCACAGUUCACAAAGAAACAAACUGAUUGUGGUGGUGCAUUCCUGCAGAAAUCUAAUAGCAUUUUCUGAAGAAGGGUCUGAUCCCUAUGUGCGAAUGUAUUUAUUGCCUGAUAAGAGACGAUCGGGAAGAAGAAAAACACAUGUAUCAAAGAAGACAUUGAACCCAGUGUUUGAUCAAAUGUUUGAUUUCAGUGUUUCCCUGCCUGAAGUACAGAGAAGAACACUAGAUGUAGCAGUGAAGAACAGUGGUGGAUUCUUGUCCAAAGAUAAAGGGCUGCUUGGCAAAUUACUAAUACCUCUGGCAUCUGAAGAACUUGCUAAAGGCUGGACCCAGUGGUAUGAUUUGACAGAAGAUGGUACAAGGCCACAUGGUGCAAGUUAGGCCCAUGGACACCAGGAAUUCCUCACACAUAAUUUUGCCAACCUUUAUAUAUUUUUAACGCAUUGUUUUCAAAGAUGUACCAAUAUUAUUUUUAUAGCUUUACUGAUGUAGUUCUUAGACACAUCCCCAAUAAUUUUAUAACACUUAGUCAUUUUAUGUGGUCAUAGCCUUCCUCAUUGUUAAACUUUGUAUUUUAUUUUGCUAAACAGUUCUGUGUAUUACUGUAAUGUGCAAUAGUACAGUAAAGUAACCUUUUGUGUUUAAAUUGAUCUUUAUGAGAGCUGUACCUAUUAGAAAGUGGAAAGAACAUGUUCUGCUGUUUUCCUGCCUUGUUUUAUAUCUCACCAAGGUAUACUGUACCGUGUAAAUAUAUACUAUUUUUUUAUAAUUCUUUCAUGCUGGUUUGAAUUCAGAACAAAAUUAGAUAAAGGAUACAGAUAUUUUCUUCUAAAUGCAUGUUAAUUUCUUCAGAUCAAUCUCUUUUGUCUUUGCAGCACAAUGGUCUUAAUCAUUUUGUGAUACUCUAUAAAAAGAAACUGCAGAAAAACAUUUUUACUUUAUUGUGUUUCUGGCCCAAUGGGGCUAGCUUAAAAUGUAUAAAACAUUGACAUUUUAAUAUUUAUAUAUAAAUGUAUUAUUGGGAAAUCAUGCUAUAGAAUAUUAUAAAUAAAAAUGAGAGUUAUAUAAAUAUUGUAUAAAUAGAGGAUGAGGUCCACAAAUCACAGUUUCUACAUCUGAGUUUUCAUUUAAUGGAGUAAACAUUACAAACAGUACAGUUUUAUUAUACAGGUUCAGUUGGAUUUUGUUAUUUAUUCCUGUACUCUGGAGUACUAGACAUGUGACCUUUUGAAGGUAAGAGGACAUGGAUUUUUCUGUAUUAUACAGAAGAUGUCUAACCACUUUAAACUGUCCUUACCAUGAUAUUUCACUGAUUUAUAAGUAGACAAAUCAGCUUGCGAGUUAAGUUCAUAUAGUAGGCAUAUGUACAAGAAAUAUGUUAUUUUUAUUAUACAGUACUGUGCUAAAAUAGUAUGUUAUGCGAUACCUUCUGUAAUCCUCAAAUGAACACCAGUAGGUAAAAAAGUGGGAAACUGAAAUGAAAUUGACUGUCUGUGACAGUUGCUUCAUUGCUACUUAGUAUGUUUGGUGCAUUAACAAAAUGUACUUCAGCGGUCCACGCAGGUUUCUGAGCAAUGCUGUCCUUGUCCUGAAGCAUUGCUGUGGGCUGGGGAGGAGGCAGCAGGGACACCAUUAGCACAAACUGAUCCAAGCAGGCAGGAUCUGAAGGGAGAGUAUCAGCCCCAACAGCUGAGCUCCUAACUCUAAUUUUAUGAAUUAUGGGAAUUUUUUUUUAUAUUCAGAAUUGAUUUUUCUUUUUCUGGUCAGUUUUUUUCAGACUGUUAGAAAAUUGUGCAUUAAGAAUCCAAACAGCUUAGCUUUUGCAGAGCCAGUGUCCUCAUCCUUGGAGAAGUAUGCAAUUAGACAAAGUAUAUUAUUUAGAUAAGAUUCUAGAAUGAUGUCUCAGCCAAGAAAGAAUUCUAAAGCAGAAUGAUAAGCUCCUGAAAUUAGCUUUAUUGUAAGACUACUGACAGAACCUUAACUCUAGGUGUAGAAUUUGUCUACAUUACUAGAUGUACCAAAGUGCCUACCAUAGAUGUAGCUUUUUGUCUUUUUCAAGUCUAAAAAUUUAAGUUUGUCUCAAUUCAAUUUAGCGUGACCAUCUGUUAUGGAUACGUGUGACCUGCACCAUACACCUCUAUACAGUGAUGGCCUUCUCAUUGCCACGUUUUAUACAAGACAAUUUAAUCAAACAAUUGUGCAUUGUAAAUUGUACUGUAACUGCUGGUACUGGGCUGGGCAAUAGAGAUUCUUUGUAAGAAAACAUUUCCAUUUGAAGGCUUCACUGUAUGUUGGAAUGUAUGAGUAGCUGUAUAUUCACUCAUCUAUCCAUAUAAAAUAUAUUAUGAAAUACAUACUUUCUUUGCUAAUUCUCCAUUAAGAUGCUAAGAAUGGAAAGACAGAGAAUUGUUCUUAAUGCAAUGAAAAUGCAGAAACCAAAUGCUAAUCUGAAUAAAUGAGGUCUAAGAGUAGCCGUUCAACAUAAUUAUCUUUUGCCUUGGUUCAGUCUGAGGUGGAAGGAUUUUUGCUCUACAUCACGGCCAGUGACUGCACAGUUUGAUCUGCAGCAAACAAAUAGGGUGUUCAACUGAUUCAGUGUUUCAAGUCUUAAGUGAAGUCUGGGGACAGAAAACUUCACUUGAACAAAAAAGUCUUUUAAAGUUUCAAGGGGGAAAAUAAUGCCGUGUUCAGGCAAAUGUGAAAGGAUAGCACAAAGUGAGUAACUGAAUAAAGAAUAUAGGGCAGGUUAGCUCACUACCUAAAAUUAGGGAUUGGUUCGUAGAGAUCCCAUUUUCCAUUUAGGAAUCUGAAAUAAAGAGAACUGUCAUUGCAAUUCAGCAACUAAAAUUCCCAUAGUCUAUAAACAGUUCUGGAUGCCAGAUCUUCAGAAACAUUCUCCUGAGUGAAUUUGGAUCAGACUGUGAGUGCCUAGAUGAGAUCGAUUCUUUGGAUAGUGGAUGCAACUUUUCUAUUACCAAAUUCCAGUUGUUCCAUUUAUAUGGAAGUAGGAAGGACAAUUUUGCCUUCGGGCAAAAAUUGCACCUCAUUAUCAAGUCAUUUAUUCAAUAUCAACUGACAGCUUUUCAUGUAGUUCUUGUUUAUUCUGUGCCUUAAAAUAUGAACAUACGAAGAUGUUUAAGAAAUGGUUAAAAAUAAGCUUUGUUACCUGUAUGUACCAACACAUGUUCUGUACUAUUGAAACUGUUUUUAGAAUUACUCUGCUUCACUGACAAGAAAACCAGCUUUCUUAAUUAUAGCAGUGGUAUAACUCAAACUCAAAUCAGCAUGCAUAUCACUUGGAGGUGGACUAAAAGAGUUUUAAUUUUCUGUCUUGAAUCCUUUAUCAGAGCUGCAGCAAAUGGUGAGAGUUAAAAUGAGAACAAAGGGUAAUCAAUUUUGUACAGAUUGCCUUUUUUGCUCAUGUAAUUCUACAUUAUGAUGCAUGUAUUUAUUCAAUAAAUGGUUCAUAUGGAA